GUCAACUCUUUAUUAAAAGCACAGAUAGCGAGCAGUCAGACUGUCAGGAAGGGCAGACUGAUGAUAGGACAAAAUUGCAGCAGCCAGGUGAGUACCAGUGCAUUAGGAAUGCAAAUUCAAAAAGGGUAGCAAAUACAGUACUCUAAGUGUUAUAUCUCAAUGCACAGAGUAUAAGAAAUAAGGUGGAUGAUCUUGUUGCACUAUUACAGAUUGUCGGGUAUGAUGUUGUGGCCAUCACUGAAUUGUGGCUGAAGGAUGGUUGUAUUUGGGAACUGAAUGUCCAAGGUUACACAUUAUAUUGGAGGGAUUGGGAGGUAGGCAGAGGGGGUGGCAUGGUUCUGCUGGUAAAGAAUGGCAUCAAAUCAGUAGAAAGGAUUGGAAGAUGUUGAAUCUUUGUGGGUUGAAUAAGAAACUGCAAGGUUAAAAGGACCCUGAUGGCAGUUAUAUACUGGCCUCCCAGUAGUAGCUGGAUUGUGGACCACAGAUUACAAUGGAAAAAAUGGAAAAGGCACGUCAAAAGAGAUUUCAACAUGCAGGUCAAUUGGGAAAAUCAGGUUGGAAAUGGAUCUCAAGAGAGUGAGUUUGUUGAAUGCCUACGAGAUGACUUUUUAGAGCAGCUUGUCAUUGAGCCUACUAGGGGAUCAGCUAUACUGGAUUGGGUGUUAUGUAAUGAACCGGAGUCAUGGUUAGAGCAUUGGCGGAUUGGUAGGAGGCAGUGAGUGGGAAUAAAAGGGUCCUUUCUGGUUGGCUGUCAGUGACCAGUGGUGGUCCACAGGGGUCGGUGUUGGGACCACUUCUUUUUAUGAUGGAUAUCAAUGAUUUAGAUGAUGGAAUAGCUUACUUUGUUGCCAGGUUUGCAGAUGAUACAAAGACUGGUGGAGGGGCAGGUAGUGUUAAGGAAACAGGUAGGCUGCAGAAUGACUUGAGACAGAUUAGGAGAUUGGGCAAGAGAGUGGCAAAUGAGAUACAAUGUUGGAAAAUGCAUGGUCAUGCACUUUGGUAGUAGAAAUACAUGUGUGGACUAUUCUAAACGGGGAGAAAAUCCAAAAAUCUGAGACACAAAGGGACUUGGGAGUCCUUGUACAGAACACCCUAAAGUUAACUUUGAGGUUGAGUCAGUGGUGAGGAAUGCAAAUGUAAUGUUAGCAUUCAUUUCAAGAGGUCUAGAAUAUAAGAGCAGGGAUGUGAUGCUGAGGCUUUAUGAGGCACUGGUGAGGCCUCACCUUGAGUAUUGUGAACAGUUUUGGGCCCCUCAUCUUAGAAAAGAUGUGCUGGCAUUGGAGGGGGUCCAGAGGAAGUUCACACGGAUGAUUCUGGGAACGAAAGGGUUAUCACACGGGAACAUUUGAUAGCUCUGGGUCUUUACUUAUUGGAAUUUAGUAGGAUGAAGGAUUCUCAUUGAAACCUUUCAAAUGUUGAGAGGCCUAGACAGAGUAGAUGUGGAAAGGAUGUUUCUUAUGGUGGGGGAGUCUUGGACAAAAGGGCUCAGUAAAACAGAUGCUAAGGAAUUUCUUUCAUCAAAGGGUGGUGAAUUUAUGGAAUUUAUUACCACAGGCAGCUGUGGAAGCAGGUCACUGGGCAGAUUUAAGGCAGAACUUGAUUGGAGACAGCAUCAAAGGUUACGGGGAGAAGGCUAGGGAGUGGGGCUGUGGAGAGUUAACAAGGAUCAGCCAAAUCGCCUAAUUCUGCUCCUAUGUCUUAUGUUCUUGUAAUUGUGUGUGUGUUACUAAUAAUUCCUCUUCCACCCCCGCCCAGAUUGCUCCAGAUUCCAGCAAUCGCGUUAGGAUCUGUCUCCUCAUGAACAAACUACAUGUUUCAACCCGCGAAGCCCACGUCGCUUCGAAGAAUAAGAAAAUCAUCUGGCCACCUCAUCGAGCAUCAGCUGUCCUGUGUGUGACAGAGUUUACAAAUCACUCACCCCGGAACUCGAGUAAAGGUGAAAACAUCUGCCGAGCAUCAAUGCUUAAUUUAAAUUAAAUAAAAUAACGCGCGUCCUUUCUGCCGUUUGUACUUCCCCCAAACACAGAAGCAGAAUUAUUACUGCAUUGGCACAUGUUGUAUGUAAAGAUUCCCACACAAAGACUGACCAAGCAAGAGGGUCAAAAAUAUAACUGUAAGAAGAUAGCCGGUUUAAAGAAUGUGAAAUAUAAGCUGCAAAAUUUCAUGAGUUUUGGAUGUCGGCAGCGUUGAUUGGCUCAAUGUUCUGCCAAUCAUUUUAGCUUUAUCCAAUGACUGGAGCAAAAAGGCUGAUCCGAAUAGUUCAGCGAGUCGAUCCGUACUUCAGAAAGUCGGGUGAAGAAGGCAGGGUCUUAAAGUUUCUUUCUGAGGUUUAUUGGUUAAGAAGGUUGCCAAUCCCUAUUCAAUCCAAUCACCAGGCGAAACCGUAUCCCCGGUGAAGAGGAUCUCGAGGGGAUUGGGCAGGCCGCCACUCAAUCACUCUCGGUGAUCCAAUCGCCUGCCGCCGAUUGAGUUUGAAUCGGGUCCACGCGCUGUGCCGCGAGCGAGGAUAGCCGUUGGAGACUGGAAUUUAAAUCUCGGUUCGUGAGUGUGAGGCGGUCUUCCGAGUAAAUAAACAGCAGACAGCGGCGAGAGUCCUCGAGCCAGUCCAGUCAGAGCGGCGCCCGGAGACGGGCAGCUUCUGAGGUGUUCGUUUUACUGUCGUUCGGAAGUUCUGCCAAGCGAGGCCUCCGGAGCCAGUGGGCUUUGCCAGAUGGCGACGGCCGGGGAGAGUAGUAGUAUCACCAGCCGCAUCAGGAACCUGUUGCGCUCGCCGCCGGCCCUCAACCUCAGGAGGUCCCGUCCGGCCGCCAGGGAUGUCUCGGAGCGGAUUACACUAGACAAAGUUCUUGGGAUUACAGCAUCCAGCAGCAGUAGUUUAGCCUGUGAUUUAACCACAGGACUAGUGGCGUAUCCAGCAGGGUGUGUGGUGGUCCUCUGUGACCCAAAGAAGAAUAAGCAGACUCACAUUCUCAAUGCUUCCAGAAAAGCAAUCUGUUCUUUGGCAUUCUCACCAGAUGGAAAAUACUUGGUUACUGGGGAGAGUGGACAUAUGCCUGCGGUGCGGGUCUGGGAUGUGGCUGAAACGACCCAGGUGGCGGAAUUACAGUGCCACAAAUAUGGAGUAUCAUGUGUAUCUUUCUCUCCCAAUAUGAAGUAUAUUGUUUCAGUGGGUUACCAGCAUGAUAAACUUGUGAAUGUCUGGGACUGGAAGAAAAACUCCAUUGUAGCAUCUAAUAAAGUUUCCAGUAAGGUCUCAGCUGUUUCGUUCUCUGAAGACAGCAGUUACUUUGUCACAGCUGGCAACCGACAUGUUAAGUUCUGGUACUUAAACGACUCCAAAACCUGCAAGGCAAAUAUUACUGUUCCCUUAAUAGGGCGAUCUGGAUUGCUGGGUGAGCUCCACAAUAAUUUUUUCUCUGGAGUGGCAUGUGGUAAGGGGAAGAUGGCAAGAAGUACGUUUUGCAUCACCAGUUCUGGUCUCCUUUGCCAGUUCAAUGGGAAAAGAGUGCUUGAUAAAUGGUUGGAUUUGAAGACCUCUGCAGCAAACUGUAUCUCCGCAACCCAGGACUUCAUCUUUUGUGGUUGUUCCAAUGGAACACUGAAGUUAUUUAACUCUUUAAAUCUCCGCUUUAUUACCAAUCUGCCGAAACCACACUAUCUGGGAGUGAAUGUGGCAGCAGGAAUUGAACCAAGCCGUUUAUUCAAUAAGAAGACAGAUGCCGUGUAUCCUGACAUCGUUGGUGUGGCUUUUGACCCUUCCAAUCAAUGGUUGUCAUGUGUAUACAGUGAUCAUAGUCUCUAUGUGUGGGACACGAAAGACAUUAAGAAAAUUGGGAAGGUUUACUCUGCGUUGUAUCAUAGUUCCAGCAUAUGGAAUGUAGAGGUUUAUCCAGAGUUGGAAAAUGGUAAUCUAGCUUGUCUGCCACCUGCAUCUUUUCUAACUUGUUCAUCAGACAAUACUAUACGAUUGUGGAAUCCUGGUGAUGCUCCUGAAUUUCAAUUCACGUCAUUCCGUAAAAAUAUUUAUAGCACAGACUUGAUCAAAAUUGUGUAUGUUGGUGACAAUAUUCAGUAUCUCCACGAUGCUAGUAACAAUCCUGACCGAACUGAAAAUGGAGGAAAUUCUGAGAUAAAAUCAGGAAUUCGGGUCAUAACCAUCAGCCCUGAUGGGCAACACCUGGCAUCUGGGGAUAGGAUGGGGACUCUGAGAAUUUUUGAUCUGCAGUUCUUGGAUGAACUAAUGAAAGUUGAAGCUCAUGAUUCUGAGAUUCUCUGUCUUGAGUACUCAAAACCUGAAACUGGAUUGAAGUUGUUGGCAACAGCAAGCAGAGACCGCCUAAUCCAUAUAUUAAAUGUGGACAAACAGUAUAGCCUGGCACAGACACUAGAUGACCAUUCCUCUUCAAUUACUGCUGUGAAGUUUGCAGCCAGUAACGAUAUUGUUAAAAUGGUUAGUUGUGGAGCUGAUAAAAGUAUCUACUUUCGAACUGCACACAAGUCUGUGGAUGGAGUUCUGUUUACAAGAACUCAUCAUGUUGUUGGAAAGACAACACUGUAUGACAUGGAUGUUGAUAUCUCUCGGAAAUAUGCAACUAUAGGCUGCCAGGACAGAAAUAUUAGAAUAUAUAACAUCAGCAAUGGAAAGCAAAAAAGAUGCUUCAAAGGUUCACAGAGUGAAGAUGGGAUCCUUCUCAAAGUUCAGAUGGAUCCUUCUGGAACAUUCGUAGCAACUAGUUGUUCUGACAAGAAUAUUUCUAUCUUUGACUUCUACACUGGAGAAUGUGUAGCCAGUAUGUUUGGACAUUCAGAAAUUGUAACUGGCAUGAAAUUUACUCAUGAUUGCAAAUAUCUGAUAACAGUAUCAGGAGACAGUUGCAUUUUCAUAUGGCACUUGGACCCUGAGUUGACAGCAUGCAUGAGGCGUCGUCUAUUUCAAAUUAAACAGAUUGCUAAAAAGGACAAGACAGUUGGGACCAAGUUUCCUGCACCUAUAAGAAGGGAGACCUUCAUGGUACAAAAGUUAACUUCAGGUGAUCAAGAGGAUGAUAUGAGUGAGGAAGAUGGAGAUGACGGGUCAUUCCAAACUCCUGUGAAAGACCACGUGGACAGAGGUAAGGCUGAAGGUGAUGUAUUCCUGUUGACUAAUGGGAAACUUCCAAUGUGGGCAAAGAGAUUGGAGGCAGGUGAUAGCAGUGUGGACGAUCGAGCAGAACGUAACUCUGAGACAUCUCAUCCACGAGGAAGAUGGGCUGAAAGGAUGGACAAAGAUCUUAUUCACUCCAUUCUAGGAAGGAGGCAGCUGGAGGAGUACUGUACAACCCCAACUCCAGGUAGAAUGUCAGUAGCCCAAGGGAAGUCCAACAACUGCUUAGAACAAGACAAUUUCGAACCACGCAAUUUGGAUAACUUCCUUAAGAUGAUGGAAAUUUCCCCUGGUCUUUUGUCAAGAAAUUCUGUUGGAAGGCCAAGUUCUAUUUGCCCAGAAGAUGCAGAUAAUACUUUGUCCCAGAGGAUGGAUGUGUUGGAAACUGAAACAAGCACGCUGACGUUUUAUCCUUUGAAUGAUAAUCAUUCUACCAGUACAGCAAACGAUUUUCAAGUAGAAGAACAACCAAAGAAACUACAAGAAGGUGAUUCUGAUUGGCCAGUUGUGCAUUCAGUGGAGAACAGUCCUGACAGUGCCUACUCUUUGGAUUCAGGAAGCAGUCACACUACCAGUCAUGAACAACAACAGGAUGAUUCUGACUCUGUUGGUCAGCUCAGUUCCGAUGGUCAUUCUUCAGGAUUAGAAGAGGAGGACGAACAGAGCAGCACAGUACCUCAGGAGUUACAUGCAGCAAAAACACCAGACCAAGAAAAAUUCCUCAAACACAACUUUGAAGCUCUAGCUAAUGAGUUUUCUAAUGAGAAAUUUGACAAUUCAUUGAAAGAUCUCCAGCAAAAUGCAGAAAAUGAGAACAACUUCUUCCUGAAUCCACGCUUGAGUAUUUCUGCUCGAUUUCUGUCCCGCUGCCAGAAAAGUAGUAGGAUCACAGCAGCUUUCCCCCACAACUUCCAACAGCAGAGCAAAUAUUUGCAAGAUGCAUCUCUCAAGUCUACACAGUCAAAUCCUGAAGAGGAAACUUCGCAAGCUAAUGGGUCACAGUUUCAGUCGUCCUUCAGUGGGAUAGAAAUUCAUGGAGUUGUAAAGGGAAAUGGGGUUGAGAAAGUGACAAGUGGAAAUGAACAGGAAGCACGGUUGAUGUUUACGAGUGCUGGCAUUCCCCCUGUAUUGCCUGGGGUGAAAGAACGAAGAAAGAAUGAAAGCAGUCAAAUGGGCAGAAGAUCAGCCUCUGUCAAGGACCUGGUACAAAUGGAAGGUGAUAAUUCGUUGUCAUCUUCAUUCAUGUCAGCUGCUCAAUCGAGCAACAAUGAUAUGCAAGUGAAUGAGGAGACAGCAGCGAGACCGUCACUUAAUGGCAAAAUGACCUUAUUUGCUGAUUCAGUUACAUCGAAAAACAAAUCAGGCAGAGCCAGGUCAUACAUGGAUCCAACUGCCAGCUUCAGAGCCAAGAUAUCUCGUAGUGCAUCACUGGGGGAGAACCUGAAUCUGAAAACCUUAGGACAAUCAGUGAGUUUACCCAAUUCCAAAGCAUCAUCUACUGCAGACUUAACAGAGGCAGUGACAGGAUCCACUCCAAGUGAAGUCUGUUCAACUGAAGAUUCUAAAGAAAAGAUGUUGCCAAAACAAUCUUCACAAGUUUAUGGGAACCAUCAAGCCCGAGCCAAUUUAACCCUGAAUCUUUCCAAAAUUCAUACAGAUAGAUUGUUGAUGCCUCCUCCAUUAGUUAAUGGUGUUGCCGUUUCAAAGGUUAAACAAAAGCUAAGAGCUGGUCAAGAUUCCACACGGCUGUCAUCCUCUGCAGUCACAUGCAUGCAACCAAUAUGUUUAGUGAAAAAGGAUAAAGCUAUCUGUGACCGUGAGGAAAAUGGGCACAAUCCAAAUGUGAAUUCAGUGGAAGUCGUAAAGAGAGAGAGUGGAUAUUCAGAGAAGUGCAACACUUCAGAAGAUGUAGUAGAGCACACUUUGGAUGAAUAUUCAUCUUUGGACUCAUUCACCACUGUACCACAGCACAACUGUGUCAGUUCCAAUGAGGAUAGAAUGAGUAGUAAUUCCAUGACUGUCUCAGAAGGAAACAGUUUCAUGAUCCCCAAGUCACCUGAGGAAACCCAGGAAGUUGAAGAGCAGCCUACCAGUGAAGCAGAUUUUGCGGUCAGUAUUCAGAAUUGUGAAUACGUUGUAACAGAACUUCAGAACACUUUGGAAAAGGCUUUGCAACUGUAUAGCAAGGUGACAUCCAGUGAAGCUGCACCAGAAGUGAAGUCCCAGAUGACAACUAUCUUGUGCAAUGCAUUUUCCUCUGUGAGGAAUCAUUUGAACUCUGUGGCAUGUUUGCCAGCCUCAGAUGCUGUAGUUGGCGUGUCACUUUCCCCUUCAGAAUGUCUGGAGAAUGGCAAGACAGGAGCUCUGCUUGAGCGUUAUUCAGAACUGUUGAUAAAAAUGAUAGAACAGAAACUACAGUUACCGAAAUAAAAGACUCCCCUGAAACCACAGAAGGAAGUUAAGUGCCUGGGUUCUUGGUGUCUUUACAGGACUCCAAUAAAAGAACCAUAAUUCCUCAAAUCAUUUUGUAGUUGUACUUCUAAGCUGAAAAGUAUUUCCAGAUUUUCUUGUGCUAUUAAGAAUUAACUACUAAUUCUAAUCCUUCAUUGACACAAGUUUGAGUAUAAAAUUGAUAAGCAGAAAAUGUUUUUUAAGCAAUUCAUGAUUCUGCCUCCUUCCCCACAAUCCCUGCCAUUUUACACUCAAAAGAUUAAGACUUGCCCUUGCCUUUGAGAAACACUGCUCCCAAAAAUGACUGUAGCUUUGUUUUUAAAAGUUCUUAAUGAGAAAGCUAUCUAUUUUUUUCAGGAGUUUUAUUUUGGAAAAUUUGCAUCUUUCAUAGAAAGCUAUAACAGUAUUAAUUUGGGAAGCAAUCACAAACCCGCCGAAUAAUUGUAUCUAGAAAGACAGAACUAGCUUUAUUAUGGUCAGAGCUGGGAGGAAGGGGGCAGAGUCUCAAACUACAAGCAACUUCUAUAAUUCACGACAUUUUUAUAAAUAGGGUGAAUUAUAGAAGUAAUUUAAAUUGAAUAAAACAAUGAAUAUAGAUGACCAGAUAAUGAGAUCCCAUCUUCACAUUCCUAUACUGUGCCUCUAUCAUCUGUUUGCAAUAGCAGCAUUGUUGAUGCAUUAACAUUAAUCUGCAUGGAGGCCAUCUGAUUAUUCAAGGCAUUGUGCAUUUAAAAGUUCUCGUGAAGAGGGAUUUAUUUUUCUAAAUUUUUUUUGAUUUCCUAGCCCAAGGAAUUGUAGCUGUGUUUCUUCCAUUGUUGUUCCUUUACAAAAAUAUUUUCCUGCAGGUAUUUUUAAAGCGGGUUUGAAAUUUUAAAGAGACUAAAUAUGUGAAAGCCAUUAAAAAUUGUAGAAUAAUUCCCCAGGCCAAAACCCCGUCUGGGGCAGAAAGUACUGUUUGUCUUAAUCAGGAUAUCUGAUGGGCUGGCUUUUGUUUUAAAACUGUAUUAGUUUUAAAAAAUGUUGUGUGAUCCAUAUGGAUACUUUGUGUGCUGUACAUACUUGUAUAAAGUUAGAAUUUUAUAAUGCAAUAAUGUAUUACAAUAAGCAUGCCUUGUUUUAAAGUUGCAUUAUUUUUUUUGUAUGUAUGUCUGUGUGGAUUUUGUUCUUGAAUCUCUUACCUUAAAUAAACAGUUUAAUGUGAGCAUUUGAAGGUGAGAUCAAGAAUUUUAAUUUACAUGUAAUAUUAUGAAUGUCAAAGUUUCUGUUGUUGAUGAAUAUGAAAUUAGAGUGGACGAAUUCAACCCUUUGCGCAGAGAAUGUCAGCACCAUGGUUGUAAAAAUCCUGUCACAAUUCUUUUUAAAUGAUGUUUCCUAAACUCUCCUGUAAAGAAAAUUCAAUCCUGUAAAGACCUCUCAGUUUCAAUUAAGCCCUCUUUCAGACUUCUAAACUACAAAAGAUGAAAGGUAAAUCAACAACUCAAUCCUAAUUAUUCAAGACAAAAUUCCCCUUUUCAUAUCAAAACUUACUAAGUUCUGCAAUCAUGGAAGCUGAUAAGAAUAGGCAUAUUAGCAGAGAAAGGGAAAAUUAUGUUUUACUAAUAUGCUGCAGUUCUAUGAAGAAGCAACUAAAAUUUAUGAUAGCAACUUUUAGGUAGGUUUUUGACAAGGUACCCCACAGGAGGUCAAUAAUCAAAUUACAGGAGGUAGGGAUUGGGGGUAAGGUGUGCUAAUGAGUACAGAAUUGGCUCAAAAACAGAAAACAAUGAGUUGUUGUGAGUUUAAAAACGCAAACAUGAGGAAUCUCUUACUAGCUCUUCUUUCAGUGAGUCCUGACGAAGGGUCUGGCCCGAAACGUUGACUGUACCUCUUCCUCGAGAUGCUGCCUGACCUGCUGCGUUCACCAGCAACUUUGAUGUGAGUUGUAGUGAGGAUCAUUUCACACCUAGAAGAUGUUAAAGUGGGGUUCCACAGGGAUCAGUUUUGGAUCUGCUGCUGUUUCUAAUUUAUGUUAAUGAUUUGGAUAAACACAUGACAAACUAGUUAAAUUUGCAGAUGACACAAAAUUAGGGGGAUGGCCGAUAACAUUCAGGCAACAGAAUCAAUAGUUAGAUCCAAGCAAAAUCUAGAUGUGGGCAGAUGAAAAUUAAUGUAAGUAAAUAUAAAAUAUUACAUAUAGGAAGUAGAAAUAUUAGCUAUAAAUAUACAAUGGGGGGAUCUUGAGUUAAAAAGUGCACUGUAUGAGAAGGAUUUGGGUUACCUGGUGAACUCCUCACUAUCCACAUCUAGACAAUGCACAGAAGCUUAAUAGAAUAUUGGGCUGUAUAAUGCACUCUUUGAAGUUCAAGUCUAGAGGUGUUCUCCUUGAGCUGUAUAAUGCGUUUGUGAGGCCACACCUUGAGUACUGAGUACAAUGUUGGUCUCCAUAUUGUGUGAGGGAUGUGAAGGCCCUGGAGAGAGUUCAGAGAAGGGCAACUAGACUCAUUGCAGGUCUGCAGGGUAUGAGCUAUGAAGAAAGCUUGAAAGAAUUAAGUAUUUUUAGCCUAAGAAGAUGUAGAAUGAGAGGAGACAUAAUAAAAGUGUUCAAAAUCACUAAGGGUAUAAGGUGGAUGCCAGCUGCUACUUCAAGAUUAAGCCAUCAGCAAGGACAUGGGGCCAUAGGUGGAGACUAGUUAAAGGGAGUUUUCAGACUAUCAUCAGAAAGCAUUUCUUUACACAGCAAGUUGUAGACGCAUGGAACAAACUACCUAGUUGUGUAGUUGAGAGUAGUACCUUGGAGACUUUCCAACAUCUUGGAACCUUUGAAUCUUGGCGAAGGCAGGAGAAUGGGUCAGCCAUGAUGGAAUGCCAGAGCAGUCUCUAUGGGAUGUACGGCCUGAUUCUGUUGCAAUGUCUAAUGGUCUUUACAAGCCAAAUUCUGACAGCGAUUUUUAUACUUUAUCUUGACUUGCACAUCAGUAUGUUAUUUAAUUAAUCUUAAACAAAGCGCCUGUUGUGUGAAAUUGGCUAGUCUAUAUAUCUAACAACUAUAUUUUGUAGCAUUUGAUCUUGCCACAUCCCACUCCAAUACAAACUUUAUAAUGUUUUCAACCAUUAUUUCACACUCAUUGCACAUAAAUCCUAUUCCAUGUGACUUCUCAUUACUAAGCUGUCUUUGGUGCUAUAGUAGACCUGUACAUUUGAGGGAGAGCCUGGAGUCUGUGGUAUCCUGGAUCAACCGGAAUGUGCAGAGAGUAGAAGACGGCAGGAAAAGCACUGAAGACAGCAUAAAUUAUUUACUUACUUGGACUUAAACCUGACUCUGAAACAACUGUUUUGGUUUAAAUUUCCCUGUUGGAGAUCUAGAUCUUCCAUUCGAUGUGAAGACAAGGUGAUCAUUAACUUUCUUUGGUUUAUGAUCUGGAUUUGAUGUGGCAGCAUUGAACCAGAGGGGGUCCAACUCUAGCCAACUUGCGGGCAAGUGGGCUAGAGUUCCGGAGGGUUUAAACUAAUUUGGUACGGAGAUGGGAACCAGAGUAAUAGUGCUGAAGAUGAGGCAGCUGGUUUACAAAUAGAUGCUAUGUGUAGUGAGGAGAGGCUGUUGAUAAGGAUAAAAUUGAAGUCAACAGGAUGUGUUGCAGUGUAAAAGGUGGACAAAAUCAAAAACGGUGAAUACAGGACUAAAGGUGUUAAAUUUGCAUACAGUAUAUGGAAUAAGGUAGAUGAAUGUGUAAACGUAGCACAGUUACAGAUUGGCAUGUAUGAUUUUGUAUGCAUCACUGAAUCAUGGCUGAAAGAAGAUUAUAGCUGGGAGCUUAACUCCCAAGGAUGCGCAUUGUAUUGAAAGGACAGGUAGGAAAGUAGAGGGAGUGGUGUAGCUCUGUUGGUGAAAAAUGAAAUCAAAUCAUUAAAAAGAGGUGAUAUAGGGUCAGAAGGUGUUAAGGAACUGCAAGGGUAAAAAGACCCCGAUAGGAGUUGUAUACAAACCCCCAGACAGUGGUAAGGAUGUGAUCUACAAAUUACAAUGGGAAACAGAAAAUGCAUGCCAAAAGGGCAUUGUUGCAAUUGUCAUGGGGGAUUUCAAUAUGCAUAUAGAUUGGGAAAAUCAGGCUGGUGCUGGAUUCCAUGAGGGGGUAUUUCUAGAUUGCCUAUGAGAUGGCUUUUUAGAGCAGCUCAUGGUUGAGCCCUUUAGGGGGUCGGCUAUUCUGGAUUGGGUGUUGUGCAAUGAACUGGAAUUGAUUAAAGAGCUUAAGGUAAAAGAACCCUUAGGGGAAAGUGAUCAUCAUAUGAUCAAAUUCACCCUACAAUUUGAGAGAGAGAAGCUCAAGUCAGAUGAAUCAGUGCUACAAUGGAGUAAGGGGAACUACAGAGGCAUGAGAGUUGGCCAAAACACUGGCAGGGAUGAUGGCAGAGCAGCAAUGGCUGGAAUUUCUGGAAGCAAUUAGGAAGGCACAGAAUACAUAGAUCCUAAAGAGGAAGAAUUAUUCUAAAACCAAGAUGACACAACUGUGGCUAACAAGAGAAGUCAAAACUAAUAUAAAAGCCAAAGAGAGGGCAUAGAAUAGAGCAAAAAUUAGUGGAAAUUUAGAGGAUUGGGAAGCUUUCAAAAACCAACAAAAGGCAACUUUAAAAAAGUCAUUAAGAAGGUAAACUUGGAUUGUGAAAGUAAGAUAGCCAAUAAUGUGUUAAGAUUUCUACUGCUAUGCUGAAGUUUUUUAAAGCAGUUUUGUGUAAAAGCUGUGUGUCCUGCUUUUAAGAGUGUUUUGGAUUUGGCUAAAGAUAAGGGGGUCAUGUUGUCCAACUUUAGAAUUUUAUGUUAGCCAAUCAGGAAUGGGGUGACAUGGAACAUUCUCAAGAGCUGGGCCGAAAGAGCUUUCUAAAGGACAGUAGUCUGGUUUGAUGUCUCUUGGUGGGAGGUCCGGAGAAAAGAGUACCAGGGAAGAUGCCUGGAGGAUUCCAUCCGAAGGGGAGACCCUAUUGUAUGGAGUGCUUUGUGAGUCAAAGGAUUCCAAAAAGGGAAGUUCCACCUGUGGUCGGUGAGGAGAAUUCUGCACCAUGAGUAAAGCUACUGCCAGUUACUACAGAAAUGAGCUCCAAUGUUUAUGUGCACAUUUUCAUUGGUGUAACUAAUUGGCCUAU